CCUGUCCCACACACACUCAGGACAGAGUAAGGCUCCUGGGAUGUUCCAGGAGGCCGUGCUCUGCAGAGAUCCCGCAUGAACUGAAGGAAUGCUUCCAAGUAAACAGCCACUUCCAGGGCAAUCGUGUGACGGGGAGAAAGAGACCAGGGCACAAGUCCCCAGACUAGUGGCCUGAAGCCACAGGAACCCACAGGGACUUGCCAGAAGGACUUGCAGCACCCAGUCUUCAGCAGAGGCACCUAUGUCCUCCCGUGUUUCCAGAUCCUUGACUAUUUUCAAGUACCAAGAGAUGCUCACUCCCAGCAGCUGGCACCUGCGGCUCUGUUGAAAGCCCAAGAGGUAUUUCCAGCUGUGCACAGGGACUUACUGGCUGAGGACCACCGACCGCUGCUUUGCAACAGUGAACAGUGAGGACCUCCAAAGAGAUGGAGUAUGAGGAUUACAAUGAUUCCAUCACCUAUGAUGAGUACACUGACAACUUUGACUCCAUGGUGGUUUUGGAAGAGGUGUCUCCGUUGGAAGCCAGGGUGGCCCGGAUCUUCCUGGUGGUGGUCUACAGCAUCGUGUGCUUCCUCGGGAUCCUAGGCAACGGCUUGGUGAUCAUCAUUGCCACUUUCAAGAUGAAGAAGACGGUGAACACUGUCUGGUUUGUGAACCUGGCCAUCGCAGAUUUCCUGUUCAAUGUCUUCCUGCCCAUCCACAUCACUUACGCUGCCAUGGAUUACCACUGGGUGUUUGGGAGAGCCAUGUGCAAGAUCAGCAACUUUCUUCUCAUCCAUAACAUGUAUACCAGCGUCUUCUUGCUCACUGCCAUCAGCUUUGACCGUUGCGUCUCUGUGCUUCUUCCCGUCUGGGCCCAGAACCAGCGCAGCAUCCGGCUGGCCUACAUGGCCUGUGUGGUCAUCUGGGUCCUGGCUUUCUUCUUGAGUUCCCCGUCUCUUGUCUUCCGAGACACAGCCAAAGUACAUGGGAAAAUAUCCUGCUUCAACAACUUCAGCUUGUCUGCAGCUGCGUCUUUCCCAAAUCCCUCUCACUCCCGAACUGACUCUGUAGGGUUCAGCAGACACAUGGUGGUGACUGUCACUCGAUUCCUUUGUGGCUUCCUGGUCCCUGUCCUCAUUAUCACAGCCUGUUACCUCACCAUUGUCUGCAAGCUGCGGCGCAACCGUCUGGCCAAGAACAAGAAGCCUUUCAAGAUCAUCGUCACCAUUAUCGUCACCUUCUUCCUUUGCUGGUGUCCCUACCACACCCUCUACCUGCUGGAGCUCCACCACACUGCUGUACCUGGCUCUGUUUUCAGCCUGGGUGUGCCCCUGGCCACUGCCAUCGCCAUCGCUAACAGCUGCAUGAACCCCAUUCUGUAUGUCUUCAUGGGCCAGGACUUCAAGAAGUUCAAGGUGGCCCUCUUCUCCCGUCUGGUCAAUGCCCUGAGCGAGGACACAGGACACUCCUCCUAUCCCAGCCACAGGAGUUUCACCAAGAUGUCAUCACUGAAUGAGAGGACUUCGAUGAACGAGAAGGAGACCGGCAUGCUCUGAGCCUCACCUGGGAAUGCCCCCACGGGCACCCCAGCCCAGGGACACCUGAGGACUUGUCUCCUGAAGACAGAGAUGGAAACCUCAUCAGCAGGCCCUGGUGCCCACUGCAUUCUGCACGGGGUGACUUGUGUUUUAAUUCAUGGUGUGGAAACUCUCCCAGAAAGAUGGAGGGCAGUGCAAUCUGAACUUGGGGUAGGGGAUUGGGUCGAUGGAGAGGGUUGGAGGAGCAGCCUUGACUGACUUGGAGCAAAAGUGGAAGAGUUCUCAAAAGCCCUGUCUUGAACUAUGAUUGGCAUACAGGAUUAUGCUAUCUAUGUGUGCCCCAGCACUCAGCAAGGUCCCUGGUGUGGGCGAGGGAAGUCAGAGCAAACCUAUCACAGACCCAUUACAGCCAUAGAGAUAGUGGGCCAGCAAGGCCUGCCCCAGGUCAUCCCUCCAGGUUUACAGCACACUCCUUGGGAAAAAAGGUGACAGAUCAGCCUGUGACCUCCCAAGACCUUGACUUUGGCUUUCAGAUGAGUUGGAAAAACCAGAGGGAUUCAUGGAGCCCUGAAAGGGCAAGAUAGUGGGAGGUGGGAGAGGAGAACUGGGGAAGGAAUGGAGAGGGUGAACAAAGACCCCCAAAGGGUGUGGAUGCAGAGCAGCUCACUGCAGAAUGCCUCGGGGUCAUGGUGCUCUAGGCUGUGGGUUUCUUGAGCACAUGUGUGGUGGCAGUCUUUGCUUUAGCCUCUAUGAUCGCUUGGCAUUGUAUCUAGGGGUGAAGUGGGUGAGCAGCUUCACAGGAGCCCCUACCACACCCCAGGGUCUACUCUCUCCUUCCCUCAUCCUCUCAGCUCUGGCUGGAAGGGUGUAGAAUACACCUCCCUGGGUGGAGGGUGGAGGGGCAGCCUUCUCUUCCUCAUUCAUCUCCUCCGAGCCUUGCUGGAGACUGGUUCAGAGUGUAGCUUAGAGAUGCAACCUUAGGGCAUCCUUUAAAGAAAAGGCUGUCUCUGAGGGCUGGGCCAUGAACUUGAAGCAUUAAGAGUCUUGAACCAAGCUCUCUAGGUGAGAAACCACCUAGGUGAUGGUGUGGGCAGUGUUGUGGUAUCCCCUGACCCCAGGGUCAGGCUUUCUUCAUCUGAAACACCUUCUCCUGGCAGGGAGACACACUGCCUUAUUUACAAAUGACAUGGCUGAGGUUUGUAGAAGGGAGUUGUCCACACCAAAACACAACUCUCACUUCAAAUAGGGUAAGAGGCAGUCUAUUCUGGAGUCAAAAAUGGGUGACCAUGGCCCCGUGAAGGAAAUAAUUACAGAGAAUUAAAGUCAUUUCUAUCAAAAGGAUGAUCACAGAGAUGUAACCUCUGUAAUGGUGUUUUGCAAUCCACCCCCAUAUUGUAAAGCUUUUGUUAACUGGGAAUUAAAAUCUUUUAAUCCUGCCCCACCUUGUAAAACUUUUGUUUGUGCAAAGGCCCUUCCUUCCCUUUAGGCCAACCCCUCUACUCUGUCCUUCAUUACCUUGCUCCAGUCCUUUCUUUGUUGAGACAGGGUCUCCCUGUAGCCACAGCUAACCUGGAGCUCACUAUGGGGACCAGGUUGGCUUGGAA